UCCUGAGGAAGUCAGUCACGGAGUCACCGUGAAAAACAACACCCGCAAAAUGCCGAAUAAAACUAAAAAAGAAAAGGAACCAACCAAAUCUGCAAAAGGCAGCACGAAAAACAGUAAUGUCAGCGGCGGAAAGGAGCAGGGGACUGAAAAUGCAGACGAGGCGCAGCAGCAGCAGGCCAACAAGCGUCCGAGCAACAGCACCCCUCCCCCCACCCAGCUGAACAAGAUCAAGUACUCUGGCGGCCCGCAGAUCGUCAAGAAGGAGCGCCGGCAGAGCUCCUCGCGCUUCAACCUCAGCAAGAACCGCGAGCUGCAGAAGCUGCCCGCUCUCAAAGAUGCGCCUCCUAUCGAGCGUGAGGAGCUGUUUGUCCAGAAGCUGCGUCAGUGCUGCGUGCUGUUUGACUUUGUCAGCGACCCGCUCUCCGACCUCAAGUACAAGGAGGUGAAGCGCGCGGGCCUCAACGAGAUGGUGGAGUACAUCACGCACAACCGAGACGUGGUCACGGAGGCCAUCUACCCCGAGGCAGUCAUCAUGUUUUCAGUGAACCUGUUCCGCACAUUGCCCCCCUCAUCCAACCCCACGGGGGCCGAGUUCGACCCAGAGGAGGACGAACCCACGCUGGAGGCAGCCUGGCCCCACCUACAGCUGGUGUACGAGUUUUUCCUGAGGUUUUUGGAGUCUCCGGAUUUCCAGCCGAAUGUCGCCAAAAAGUAUAUCGACCAAAAGUUUGUAAUGUCUCUGCUGGAGUUGUUUGACAGUGAGGAUCCUCGUGAGCGUGAUUUCCUGAAGACGAUCCUCCAUCGCAUCUACGGGAAGUUCCUGGGCCUCAGGGCCUACAUCCGUCGCCAGAUCAACAACAUUUUCUACAGGUUUAUCUAUGAGACAGAGCACCACAACGGUAUUGCAGAACUCUUAGAAAUUUUAGGAAGUAUAAUAAAUGGCUUUGCACUGCCUCUAAAGGAGGAGCAUAAGAUGUUCCUUAUUCGGGUGCUGCUGCCGCUGCAUAAAGUCAAGUCUCUCAGCGUCUACCACCCACAGCUAGCGUAUUGUGUUGUGCAGUUCUUGGAAAAGGACAGCAGCCUUACUGAGCCGGUGAUCAUGGGCCUGCUGAAGUUCUGGCCCAAGACCCACAGCCCUAAGGAGGUCAUGUUCCUCAACGAGCUGGAGGAGAUCCUGGACGUCAUCGAGCCCUCCGAGUUCGUCAAAGUCAUGGAGCCGCUCUUCCGACAGCUGGCCAAGUGUGUGUCCAGCCCCCACUUUCAGGUGGCAGAGAGGGCCCUGUACUACUGGAAUAACGAGUACAUCAUGAGCCUCAUCAGUGACAACGCUGCCAAGAUCCUCCCCAUCAUGUUCCCUGCACUCUACAAGAACUCCAAGAGCCACUGGAACAAGACGAUCCAUGGGCUCAUCUAUAACGCCCUAAAGCUCUUCAUGGAGAUGAACCAGAAGCUCUUUGAUGACUGCACUCAGCAGUACAAGGCUGAGAAACAGAAAGAGAAGUACAAGCUUAAGGAACGAGAAGAGAUUUGGCACAAAAUCGAGGAGCUGGCAAAAUCCAAUCCAAAUAUGCAGUUAGUCUAUCCAGAGCUAAGGCCUGGCCAUCCGGAUGAGUUUAUGGUUUACAAUGACGCCGGGGUGCCGCUCUACUCCAUGGAGACGGAGACUCCUACAGCAGAAGACAUCCAGCUGCUGAAGAAGACGGUGGAGUCAGAAGCCACACCGGGCAUGAAGGAGCUGAAGAAGGACAAAGUUCUGAUGCGGCGGAAGUCGGAGCUCCCUCAGGACGUCUACACCAUCAAAGCCCUGGAGGCGCACAAGCGAGCAGAGGAGUACCUGACAGCCAAUCAGGAGGCCCUCUGACCGCCCCCUCCAGCCAAUCAGGAGGCCCCUCUGACGGCCCUUUCAGCCAAUCAGAACGCCCCACGUCCGCCCAUUCCACUCCUCACCCGGUCCUGAUUGGUUGGGGGGGGGGGGGUCAGGCUGACGUUCCGCCCCAGACUUGGCUGCUAUCUGGUGUGUGUGAAUGUGUCGCGACUCGCGCCCCUGAUCACUGUCCUGUGUCUCUUUUCGUUAGUCUGUCCGUCCAUCCAUCCAUCCCACGCCCGCUGUUCAUUUUUUUAUUUGUUUUUCUAUGUUUUUUUUCUCUGUUUGUUUGUCUCUUUGUUGCUCUCGUCCCUUUAAAACACUCCCACCCGCCGCCCAACUUCCCCUUAGCCACAGAAGCCAGCAUUCCGUACAGCAGCAGCAGCAGCCCUGACUCACAGAAACGCACGCACGCACACAAUCACGCGCGCACACACACACAAGCUGGCGCAGAGCUGUGAUCGGUCUGCAUUGCAAAGUCAUAUGAGCCUGAUGGAGUAUAGGCAUCGCCUACAGUAAUGAGCGUGUACUCAUGUGUGUCUGUGAGCGGAGAAGACCAUUUCUUCCUCUUCAACACACGCACACACACAAACACACGCACACCAAUACACACUCAUACACAUGGCCUUGUGUAUGUGUGACCUGCAUUUGUUUCAAACACAUCGGAGGCUUAAGAGUCUCAUGAAUGUCUCUGAGUGAGCCACCUCCUGCUCUGAGAAUGUCCGUCUGCUUCCACAUAAUGGUACACUACGCCACCACCACACAGCGCUAUCCUGCCUGAUAUCUGAACAUCUGAGCUGGCCACACGUUUCAUGACCUUCUGCUGGUAGAGCUGCAGGCCUUUGCACUUGCACCAGCUUCAGUUCUGCUGAUCACAAGGCCUGGAAAGUUUAUCAUUGCUUGCCUACGGGCAGCUUUGAUUACACACACACACACACACACCCCGUUACUUCACUCCAGUCUUCUGCCUAGACUCCAUCUACUUAACUAGUCCAUUCAUGCUGGUACUGCUCUGAUAGUGUGUGUGUGUGAGCACCUGUGCAUGUUUAUUUGGUUAGUGGCUGCAUGUGCGUUGUGUGAACACGCAUACAUUUAAAAGUCUCUUAAAAAGACGCCAGUUCUUGAAACUGUGUUUGGAGGCUGAACGUUGGAGAGUCAUUUCCAGACAGCCUCAGCAGAAACUUUCUAAAUCCAAAUAUAAUAAAUGUUGUGAGUAUUAUACUGUAUGAAACGACCUUGGCCUCAGUGACGGCCUGGAUAUUGUCGAUGUACACUGCUGAAGGUGUGCAUGUGCGUGUGUCUAUUCAUUGUUAAGGUCCCACUCUGUCAGAGAUUGGGCAUCAGUGACCUCCAAAGAGGUGUGUUUGAUUAGUCUUGAGGGUCUGUGUGCAUGUGAUUUGCUGAUCAUGUCCAAAACUAGCGUUUGAAUUGUGCACAGGAUGCUCAGUGUGCAAGCGUUAUCAGGAUGUUCUGAUGAAACUCCGGUAUUCGCAGACAUCCCAACAUGCAGCCUAUCCUCUCUCUAGACCACUUAGCAAGACGGACUUGCUUUCGGUGAGAAGAUUGAUUUACCAAUACGGUCUUCAUGUUUACGUCCACGGUUGGUUUUCUCUUUUUGUUUUGUUUUUUUUUUGCUCUGGCAGCAAUCUUGCACAGGUGUUCAAGUGUGAUUGUGUUAGUGUAUUUGUCGGUUUACGUGUGAGAGAUUUUUUUUUCUUUUCUUUUCAUGACCACAUAGUGCAACAAAUGAAAUGUCUUGUCAAUCAGAGGAUUGAAUCAUGAUGCAGAGACCUAUUUAGGUAUAGUUGCUGUUAACUUAUGCAGUUUAGUCCAUCCGUCGCUUUUUUUGCAUUUUAACAAAUGCUCAUUGAAAAGCGACUUUGUUUCUGUGACAGAUUUUAUUUUAGAAAUCGACUUAAUUUAAAUGUCCAGGUAGAAUGGUUUCUAGUGUAAGUCCUCAUGUAGCACACAGGUGGAGUGAAUUUUCCUCUCUUACUCUUCCUGCUAACUCCCCUUCAUUCCCACAUUUUUUUGUGGCGUGCGUAUGUGUGUGACAGAUUUUCUGAACAAUAUUUUUUGUUGUGCUUCAACAUAGCAGCCCUGCAGCUCUGAAUGAAUUUUCUUUUUCUUUAUAGGCAAUUGUUAGCCUGUCAUGUCAUUGUGAAUGAAAUGGCCACACAGUCAUUGACAUUGUUUAAUCUGCAGCUGUUUUCUCUCAAAGAUGUCCUCUGCUCACCAGCCUUUCUGAGCUGUGACAGAGAUUAAGAGGAUGCAGGCCUAGUCCAGCCUUGGGGCAGGGGGGGUAUUUCCAAGGAAUUGGUUUAGUCACUGACCCCGCUAAAUUAACUCAGUGUGAAGUUUCCCAAUGGAGAGGCGGCCUUACGGGUUCAUUGUUAAUUGAAAACAUCAAAGGGUCUUUUCUACUUGUUAGACGUUUACCACUUGUUCUUGCUUACCCAGGUUAAGUGACUAUACCUGCUCUCUAGGAUACCCCACUGAUUUCCUCUUGAGUCCUCUGAAUGUUGUUUCUAGUCACAGAGCAAAGACCUCAGUACCUCAGAUAAAGUCAGUAAAAGUUUUCCACACAGUGUCUCCUCCAGGCAGUCAAGUCAGCUGAGGCUGCUUGGUAUGCCGGAGGCUACUUACUUACUUACUUUCUUUAGGAACAGAGCAUAAUGUACCACUGCAGUGUCGCCAAAGCAACUAGCCCAUUUGUCCCACUUCUUGUCUUGUUUUGUUUGCCCGUUUCCAUGGUUUUCAUGCUGACUAACCUCAUUCCUUUAGCACCAUUUCCCCUCUGCUAGCCCCCGCUUAUUCCCGUUUGCCCAGUCUCGGACAUUCCGCUUUGACAUUCCAGAACCUACCAAAAGGCUUCGUUGAUCCAGGAAUUGGAAGCUAGAAUCUGUCUGGAGCACACACCCUUAUGAUGUCACAAGCAGCCGUUAGGAUAUCACGGAUAGUCAUUUAUUCCUAUGGGUUUGGCAGAUCCACAGCCACAUUUAACUGUUUUGGCCAAAUAUCAUGUAUUUUAGCAGGCGCCGGUGUUGACUGACUUGGCUUUACAAUCUCAAGUCAAUGCCUAUGUCAGCUAUUCAGACACACACAAAUGCACACACUCUUACAAACCAAAAGCCUGCCCCCCUCCUCCCCACCCAAUCCCACCCUCCCCUUGUCUGACACUAACCUUAUGCUGCUUUCCAGGUCAUAUGUACAUAAGUUGUACUUUUAUUAGGUAGAGCAUUACAUAGUAGGAAAGUCAUAUUUUGUACAGAUGUUCAUGUAUGUACAGAACAAAAAUAAAGUCAAAAAACAAAGACUCA